AUGGCAGAACGACCGAGCUACAGAAGGGCGCCGUCCACCAACAUACCUAGACAAGGUGUCUACAGACCUCAUGACAGUAAAUUUGGCAUAGUGACAGGGGGGUCACGAGGGAUUGGCGCUGCCGUGGUUGAGAAUCUCGCUGCAAAAGGCUGUAACUUGCUCUUGGUCUUCACCUCAGACUCAUCGGCAGAGCCGACCCAGAAACUGUGUGCUAAAGUUCAGAACGAGAACAACGUGAUCGCCAAGUCUGCACAAGCUGAUCUCUCCGACCCAAGCAGGAGCGUACCACAUAUACUAGCCACAGCAAAGAAUCACUUUAGUCAUCCCAAAUCCGGGGGCUUUCAGAUUGACAUCCUCAUCAACAACGCCGGUAUAGCAGGAAAUAAAUGUCUGAACGAUGAGAAAGAAGGUCCGAUAGAGGAAACCCAGUUCCACAAGAUGUACAAUGUCAACGUCCUUGCUCCUUUACUCUUGACGCAAGCGGUGGCACCUUACCUGCCCAAAGAUAGGAGUGGGAGGAUUGUGAAUGUGAGCAGUGUGAGCAGCAGCAUCGGGUACGAGGGGCAGAGCAUCUAUGCUGGAACCAAGGCUGCACUCGAGGCAAUGACGCGUACCUGGUCGAGGGAAUUAGCAGAGAACGCAACAGUGAACGCUGUCAACCCUGGGCCUGUAUGGGGUGAUAUGUAUGCACAAGCCGGCGAGGCCUUUUGGAAGGUGAAUCAGAAAUACGUCGACGCAGCUCCUCUAUGUAAGUACAAUGGUGAUGACGAAACCAAAAGAAGGGCGGGUGGUGAUCCACAAGAGUUCGACAAGAUCGUGAAACAAGGAAUGGGCGGGAUGAGACCUGCAUUCACCGACGAUAUUGCCGCCACGAUCGAGAAUUAUUUUCUGAAAUACUACCUCUACCACGCUCUAACAUGGCCUCAACUGUCUUUCGUGGCAGUCGUGCGCACAGCAAAACCAACAGCAUACCCUAAAGUUGUUGGCUACGUCCUUGCGAAAAUGGAGGAAGACCCCUCUGACAAUAUCCAACAUGGCCACAUUACAAGUCUCAGUGUGAUGCGGACGCACAGAAGAUUAGGAAUAGCAGAGAAGCUCAUGCGAAACAGCCAACGUGCUAUGGCUGAAGUCUUUGGCGCAGAUUACGUCAGUCUACAUGUCCGUGUAUCCAACAGUGCAGCUCUUCACCUCUACCGGGACACUCUGGGCUUUACGGUCGAGAAGACGGAGGAAAAAUACUAUGCUGAUGGUGAAAAUGCUUAUGCGAUGAAGAUGGACCUGAAAGACAUGCAGAUCAAAGACAUUCCCGAGGUCGACGACCAAGAUGAGGGCGAUGCAGUAGGCAGCGCUGGUAAGAAAGCUGAAACGAACACAAACGGAGAGAAGAUGGUCAAGGUCAGAGUCGGCAGACAACGUGGUGUUGCCGAUCUGGUCGAGAAGAACGAAGGCACACGCUCAGGGUAUUAG